AGUACCCACUUAGGUGGUGUAGUGGAUUUAUUGUACUAGAAUAAACUUAGCAAUGACCUAGCAAAGGGUAAUAAAAGCCACAUAUACCAUCAUAAAUGAUAAUUACACCAACAUCAAGAUGUGAAAGUGGGCUGCUUAUUUCCGUAGUCUUUUUAAGCACCAGUUCUGUAGUCCUCAAGCAUGAGCUCCUUGUAGUAUUGUAG